UCGAUGUCUGGAGCAGAGAGCAGUGCUAGUGGAGCUACGGAGCUAGGGAGGCGAGUGUGAUGGACCGAGGACAUUGACACAUCAUGGGCACCGUGCUUAGCUUCAGCCCGCGGGAACGACGGCCCGUGUACACGACGACGGCGAGUCACGACCACCGCGGGCCUCUCAACAACCUCAGCUACGAGCAACUGAACAACGCGCGCAACAGACAGACAGACAACAAGACGAUGAGCGCGUCCCUCGUCGUGGCCAACCACACCAGCCACAACAACAACAUCAACAAUGAAAACGCCAGGAUCAUCAGCGAGAAGAACGCGCUCGAAAAGAACUUCAAGAAACACUCGUUGUUCAUAAACGCGCUCAGCUGGAAAAGGUUCUCGACGGCGAACAACAACAAGAAGAAACUGGACAACAAGAACAAGAACUUGACGACCUUCAGACAGCCUCUGGUGGACAACAUCAACCCUAUAGUGGUCGACAAGAAUAAGAACAUACAGAACAUCUCGUGUUACUACCCUCCGGUCAACUCCAUCCCGACCUCGGCCAGUCUAGAUCUCGUGAGAGCCAACAACACCAACAACAACCACAACAACGUCGUCAGUGACAAGUUAGCACCAAAGGCACAGUUGCUCACAGCGCCUCAACAGUUAGCUCCCAAGAAGACAGUGAUCCAGGCGUCCACGUCAGAACUUCUCAAGUGUCUCGGCAUCUACCUCCACACAAAGUGCUACCGCCUCAAGGACUUCCAGGCCGGGGACGCGGUCAUGUGGCUGCGGACGGUCGACAGAAGCUUGCUGCUCCAGGGCUGGCAGGACGUUGCGUUCAUCAACCCAGCCAAUGUGGUAUUCGUCUACAUGCUGGUGAGAGAGCUGGUCCACGGUGACGAGGUAGACAGCGAGCCAGAGCUACAAGCCGUUGUGCUGACAUGUCUAUACCUCUCCUACUCCUACAUGGGCAAUGAGAUCUCCUACCCUCUCAAGCCCUUCCUGGUGGAGGACUCCAAGGAGCGGUUCUGGGACAGGUGUCUGCUCAUCGUCAACUCCCUGUCUCGCAGCAUGCUCCGGAUAAACUCAGAGCCCGCGUUCUUCACAGAGAUCUUCACGGAGUUGAAGGCGUGCGGCACACCGCCUUCCAGCACCGUGUCUUCGGCCGCUUGACCGCUCGGCACACCUAGGAAACCGACGGCGGCGCUCCUGGUGAAACUCAGCCUGGCGCAAUCCAGAGGCCAAGUCACCACCAAUCUGUGAUCGGCCUGUAAAAGUCGGCCUUACCGUACCUAACUGUUUGCUUCGUUGUUUUACUGCCAACCGAAAUCUAGUCACGUGGCUGGAGUGAUGUGUCUAGUCGAUUAAGAAUCUCUUAGGUAAAUUACAACUAUAGUGAAUUAUAAAUUCGAGGUUUUAAAUCUUUAAAGUUGUUAUUUUGAAAUUAGAAAAAUGCUCGACAACACUGGAUGUAGACGUGUUCAACAGGUGCUACUGUAAGGCUUAACUAGCCAAAGUUUACUAACUUAAGAAUGAACUUAAGUUCAUAAAAUUUAGGAGAAAAUUAAUUUUGAUUGUAUUGAGUAACGUAUAGAAUUAUUAAAUUCUUUUAUUACUUAGCCAACUUGAUUAUUAAUAAGUUGUCCGUCCAAAACUCCCACAAAGCUGGCGAUGUAAUCGCUGAUUAACACUUCUUGUUUAUUUGUCCCAAUGUUUUACCACAUUAUUAUGUUAAUAUUACCCUUAGGUCCACAAAUGAGGUGCACACAUCUCUUUGAUGUGUUUGCCUAGAUAGUGUCUGACAUGAAUAUGUGUUCUGUGUAAUAGGAAAUUAUUAUUAACGACUAAGACCUAAAAGUGAUGAAACUACAAAAUUUUCCCAGUUCAUCAGCUGAUUGGGAAAGCAAUGUCCAGCUCAACGAAACGGACCAAUCGAGUUUCGAGACUCGGUGUUGUAUAUAGCCAGACGGAUGCAAUUGUGAAUAAGUUAUGUUCUUAAAUUAUUCUUUUAUUUAGAGUGAUAGUAAUUUGUUCUCUGUAUAGGGGCUUAGGUCGGGUGAUGUGCAAUCUUGAUUAAACCUGUCUAGUAGUCGCACCUAGUCAAACAACACCCUUAGAUAUACUUCUAGUUGAUAUUUAUUGACAUUUUGUUUUUAGUUUUAUCUGUUGUACAAGAAGUAUUGUUGGGGCUCUGUUGUUUUUCCUGUUUUAUUGUUACUUGAUUAUGAAUCGAUGACAACAUUUGAUUGUGUUUGUCAACUUAUUUUUUCUAGUUGGUAACCGGAAAAGUUAAUGUUUUAAUAUUGCGUAUUUUCAAUGUUCUUUUAUACGUAAAAAAACUUAAUGAGAAUCACAUGUAUAUUGCUUGUUACUGUGAAUGUCAAGUGAUUUUUUUAAAGAUUAGGUGUCUUUAUUGAGUAAAUACGUAUAUUUUACAUAUUCCAUUACUUUAUACUGUAUGGCUGGAGCCGAAAUGCUUGUGAGGCAAUGUCUGUGUGCUUACUGACUCAUUCGAUAAUCCACAUUGUAUUUUGUUAAUAUUUGUUGUCGAGUUUCACGCUGACGAUUUAAUUAGUUGACACAUUUCAAAUUGAAAGUUAAGUCAAAAUAACAGUUUUCAUGACUAACAAAAUUGCACAUGACACUAAGAGUCAAGCCUGUUUGACGCAGACAGUGCUUAGAAUGCAAUGAGAUCAAAUAUGUAAGCUGACGUAUUAAACUUAGUAAGCAAAACAUAAAACGUGAAGCUUAGAAAAACACAUGCCUAUUUUCCAUUAAAAAUAAAUUGAAUAAAAGUGUUAUAACCUGAGCUCAAUAGCAAUAUAAAUAGCAAGAGUAUAGUAAGAGACUGAGCUACACUAAUUCUCUCAGCCGCCAUUACCCUUAUACUGUGAGUGUACAACCAUAAUCAUCACAGAAACUUAUUUUUAGCUUACACACUUUUUGCCCAAUAUUAAAUAGAGUUUAAAACCUAAAACUACAGAGCUCUAUUGGACAAAGUGUUUCCAAAUAUCUGAUUUUAACCGAUAAUUAAUCAUAUACAAUGUGAGCAGAAAAUGUCAUUAAGGAGACAUUGAGACAAUCUGUCAGUUCUUCUAAACAUUGAUUAGUAAGUUUGAAGUAAUAGUUGAGCAAAAUAUCUGUAAUUAGGUGGUCAAAGACAGUGUCAUUCAACCAAGUUUUUGUUCUUUCCGUGAAAACCCGUGCUUAACCACUUGAUGGACCCACAUAAACAUAUUUAGUCCCUCUUUCAUUUAUAUAUUUACAACUGGAAAAUUAAUGUAUUGGACACUAUAAAUUAUUAUAUUUCAGAUAUUUAUUUUCAAACACCCUGUAAUAGCUAUAGUAAAAAAACCAAAAAAGUUCAUUCAGGUACACAAAAAGCACAGCUUCAGCCUUAAAUGUAAAAUGUAUAAAUACUUACUAUUUAUUAAGUCGGUGAAGUAUUUUUCGCAAUGUACAGCAUUAUAAAAAUAUUUAUAAUUUUUCACAUUAAUCACCCAUCCGAGAAUUCACAUGUGUAAUAUUUAUGUAGGUUUAGAGUUUAAAUAUUAUUCUCUUAGAUAAUGUGAAUACUUAGUCAUAAAAUGUAUAUUUCAGAACUCAUGGAAUUAGUUUUAUAUUAAUGGACAAGUUUGGUUCUAAGCGUAGUUUAAUUUUUUUUUAUUCACUGUCAUCUAGCUCAUUAUUUGAAAACAGUAAAUUAAUUCUGAUUGUAUUGAGUAACAUAUAGAAUUAAAUGAACGUAUAGUUCAGUAAAUCACUAACCCACACUUGUAUAUGUGCCUAAAUGAACCCAUUUUAGGAAACCAACCCAAAAUUAUUAUAGACAUUUGAAAUUUAGGACGAUAGCAAAUAGGAUGUAAAAUCAGGAUGGCAUAUUUUGAAUGGGAUAACUACCAAAAGAGUAUAUUUUUACUCUUUGAAAAACGACACAAAGAAUUUGUUGAUUCAAGAGUAUUUUAUACACAUAUUGUAUACUAAUUAAUAUCUAACAAUUAAAAAAUUGAUUUUCUAAAGCUUUCUAUCAUAUUUUUAUGUUCAAUACUGUCAAACUUUCCCUUUGAGAAAUAAAUAAUCCUUUUUGUUUGACAUUCCCGUACAAGGUAAAAAAUUAUGUUGGCAUUGAUGUAGACAAAAAGAUUUGUAAUUAUGAUACGAAUUAUUUUUAAGUUUUCAAAUUUUUUGACGCAAUAAGUGAAGACCAAGGAUUAAUUUAUUACCCUGGUCAUAAACACCAGUUACUGUAUUAAUUCAACACUACCAAAGAAGUGGAAAGCCUAUGAUAGAAGUAUAUAGGCAUAUCUAUCUUCUGUAUUUAACACAUUGACUGAACAAGAUUAAUAAAAACCUGAUCCAUUUGAUUUGAUAAAGAAAACGUGAUCAGCUUUGUUGAUAUUUAAAUAACAUUUUAAUAUAUAUAGAUCAAGAUUGUGGUUUUAUUUACCUACCGGUUUUUACUAAGACUGUUUAAGUUGAGUUGAAGUGUUAAAUUCAAUAUCAAACUUUAUACAUGUACAAAUUAUUUACUAUUAUGUGGUGUUGCAAACCUUUAAAGCUUUCAAUGGAGAAAGAAUUUUUUUUAUUGAAAAAGUUUUUAUUCGUUAAGUAAUGUACCAAUGAAUAAAUUGAAGCAAGUAUUGACAUUGGCAUUAAAGCUCAAGAAUUGUAAAAACUGUUGUUCGAUUGUAAAAACCAACAAAAAAAUGUAGGUUGAGAAGUGUUUAGUGAUAGGCUAGACAUAGAAGUUGUUAAUAAUAAGGUAAGCAUACAUACUCAUUGUCGAUACUGUUUAGGAAAUAUAUGGCUUCCUUUUUUGUUUUCAUAA